AUGGCCGAAAUUAUCGAAAUUAAUGAAAAGAAUGCCCAAUUCUAUGUUCACUACAUUAAUUUUGAUAAAAGAUUGGAUGAAUGGGUUACUAUUGAUCGAUUCAAUUUGGAUGAGGAUGAAAGUGUUACAAAGAGAGAUGAAGAUACUAGAGUGGAACGUAAAUUAACGAGAAAUAUGAAAAGACAAUAUAAUGAAUUACAUAAUGUGUCAACUGAGAUUGAUGUAGAUAAUGAUCCUGUGCAAGCAGCAUUGGAAAAGGAACAUGAGGAAUUUACCAAAGUUAAAAACAUUCAAAAAAUUCAAUUCGGAAAAUAUGAAGUUGAAACAUGGUAUUUCUCACCAUAUCCAGAAGAAUACUCAAUGAUUGAUAAAUUAUACAUAUGUGAAUUUUCUUUGAAAUACAUGAAGAGCAGGAGAACAUAUGAAAGACACAGAGACAAAUGUACUUUAAAACAUCCACCUGGUGACGAAAUAUAUAGAAGUGGAUCUCUAAGCUUUUUUGAAGUUGACGGAAAAAAACAAAAGAUUUAUUGCCAAAAUUUGUGCUUGUUGGCUAAAUUAUUUUUGGAUCACAAAACUCUCUACUUUGAUGUAGAACCUUUCCUUUUCUAUGUACUUUGUGAAUGUGACGAGGAAGGAUGUCACAUGGUAGGAUACUUUUCAAAGGAAAAACAAAGUGCUGACGGUAAUAAUUUGGCUUGUAUUCUGACCUUACCUCCUCAUCAAAGAAAAGGUUAUAGUAAGAUUUUAAUUGGAUUUUCAUAUGAAUUAUCUAAAAUUGAAGGAAAGGAAGGAACUCCAGAAAGACCAUUAUCCGAUCUAGGUAAAAUCAGUUAUCGUAGUUACUGGAAGAAUGUUCUUCUUGACAUUUUACAGGCUCAUUCAGGUAUUUCAAUUAAGGAAAUUUGUAAAAUGACAGCCAUCAAACAAGAAGAUGUAUUGACAACUUUGCAAUCACUCAAUUUACUCAAGUAUUGGAAAGGUCAACACAUUAUUUCUGUUGCCCCUAAGAUUCUCGAAGAGCACAUGAAAAAGCAAAAGAGAGAUGAAGUUAAGAUUGAUCCAUCUAAGAUUCACUGGAGUCCAUAUCCACUUUCUCAACAAUAA